UUCCUAGCACAGUGAAACACAAGAAAAUAGUUUCAUUAGAAGCCAACAAAAUACAUAUGUCAUCCAUUCAGCUGUCACCCUAGGACUCUAUUUCCCCUCCCGUUGAAUUGUUAAAGUAACUUUUCUUUUGUGUAUGAUGUUUUCUUUCACUGAUGUUAUUGCAUGUGACUGCUAGUUGUUUUAUGGGUGUAGUAAAUGACUGAUUUGUUGUUACAGACAGAGCAAGUAUCUGAGGUUGAAUUACAUCCUCAGAUGAAUAGACCCCCAUCCCAGACAGAAGAAAACAGCUCAGCAAAAAAGGAGGUUGUUCUUGCUCAACCGCCCUCCAAGCCGGCCCGCAGGAAGCUCCGGACAGAGGUGCAGGGGCUGGAGACCCCUGAGCUUUCUCCUACCGUAAAUGUGACCUCUUCCCUGCCAGCAGCAAAGCCUCACCUCCCAGUCCAAAAACAGACUUCCAAGCAGAAAAGGGCUAUUCAGACUGCUAUACGAAAAAACAAAGAAGCCAAUGCUGUGCUCGCCAGGUUAAACAGUGAGCUCCAGCAGCAGCUAAAGGAGGUCCACAAGGAACGAAUUGCCUUGGAAACGCAGCUGGAGCAGCUACGCCCUGUAACCGUCUUGUGACCUCCAGCUCACUGUGCAGCAGCAGAGCACGUGCACCAACAGCCUUGCAACCACCAAGGUGACGUGGUGGGGUCCCUGGCUUGCCCUCCACACCCUGCUGCACCUGCUUGCCUCUGCAGAGGGGGAAGGUACAGAAAGCAAAUACCAAACUGUCAGAUGGCUCUGGGCAGGUGCUUUGCCCUCUUCUCUCCCUCUUCCCAACCUAACGUGUAAAUGCAGUUUGCCACUGAAAUGAAUGAGAGUAUUUUAUUUAUGCCAAGAGUCCCUGAUUUAUACAUAUUCUUGCAACGCCUCCUAUCCUGAAUAUUAAGAGGUACAUAAUUCCAGAAUUGGUGUUUAAAUAUAAAACCCAUCCUCUGAGAUGGGUUCCUGGAUGUUACCAGUUCCUGUAGGAUGGUAGAGGACGUGUGGAUUGAAAGCACAGCAGGAAUCCAACACAUUAGAUGAAAAGAGUCUCUAUCCACAAUCAUGUGUCAGAUAAUUAUUUUCUUAGUGCUGUUUAUUAUUCAAUCACAGAUGUAUUUUAAUGUUAGAGAACUUGUAUUUUAUAAGUUACAAUUCGUAAGAGAGAACAGUAAAAAUAUUAAAUUUUUAUUAUUUUGGAAAUUACAAAAAAAAAAUCUGUUUUUUGAGCUAUAACUCUUUCCUAUCACUCAUAUUUGAUCAGUUGCUUGCAACUGACGGUGUCUCUGCAUAAAAAAUUUCUUCAAACCAACAGUGUAUUUCUAACAAGAGGUUAAAAAUGCAUUCUGGGCAUUUUUGUAAAAGCUGUCCUGAGUAUAUUUGUAUUGGUCUGCUUUGUUGUUUUUUUAACAGCUGCUAAUUUGUUUUAAGUACAUGUGUAAGAACUGUAUUUCUAAAAGAAGAGAGAGAUCAGAACUGCUUCACAUGAGAUUGUAAAAUGUAUGAUGGAACCAAUUGCUUUGUACCGCAGGCUUUCAUUCAGGUUCUGUUGCACCUCACUGGAGAUACCACUGAUAGGAUGAAGCUGCUAAUGCCCAUCUGGUUUUCAAAUGAAGAAACAAAGAUUAUUAUUAUUAUUAUUAUUAUUGUUUUUACCUGGUCUGCUCCAAGGCCAAUUGAACUCCAUGGAAAAUUUUCAUGGGUGCAGUGGUCAUUGGCUUUGAUCUCAGUUCUCGUGAUGGAAGCUGUCUAAUUAAUGUUGCUUUAUCUCUUAAGGGGCCAAUAUUCUUAUACUGAGUGAUUUCAGAGAUAUUAUGAACCUUGCUCCCUUCAUGGAUAUGAUGUAUGCUGUGCUGCUAGGGUAUGUCACCUAAUUGUUAGUCAUUUUAAACACAAUGCUGCUUGUGUUUCAUAUCCAGUUGUUUAUUGACUUAAUAUAAGUAUACACCUUGCAAAAACUGUGCAACAGAUUGGGGGUUUUUUUGGACCAUUUUUGGUCUUACACAUUCUCCCAUUAGCUAUAUGAUGGCUCUGGGGUAGAGAGGAAAGAGGAGCAAAUUUGAAAUAAGUAGGUGGCCUCCCUUUGGGGUGUGUCAUAGCAUGGCUGCAGUGAGAUAUCGGAGGGCAUCAGAACAGCCAAGAGUUUUGUUUGGAGAUAAAUGACAUCAACGGGAAAGUGUAAAGUGAUGAGGAAACAUAUUAUUUUUGCUGCAGUGGUUGCGGAUGUGGGAUAUGGAUCCAGAAUUCUAAAGGUGACUUUAGUCUCAACACUUACUGCAGAAUUGUUAACAAAAAUCUGUUUGUAUAACACACUGCUUUUGAUUAUACUAAACAUCACUUUGUGAAUGAGCAACAGCCUUUUCUCUGGAUUUGGGACUUUUUUUGUGGGACUGUUGCUUAGAUGGAGUCAGAUGGUCAUUUCUGAUCAGUGACAAAAUGUGAGAGCUGCAGACUCCUGGGAAGCUGCAAAAGAGCUAUUGUCCUUGUGCUGUCAGUGGUGCUGUUUGAAAACUAGCAUCGUUUAUUUGUAACAUUGAGUCAUUCCUGAAAUUUUAUUUAGGUUAAGUGCUCUUCUGUGUUUGCAUUUUAGUUCUCAUGUUGCGUUUGGUUAAUAAACCCCCGCUAUUAAAUUGGAAAUAA